AUGAAGAUUAUGAAGGUAAUAUUCUUCAUCAUAGCCAUAGCCAUGGCCGCCGCCAUCACCAUCACCUUCACAGGUGAUAACAAUGAAGAAACAUUAAUGAUGACUACAGAGACACCGUAUGUGAAACCACUUCCGAAAAGGGUAAGUCGUUUUCUAGCUGAGAAGAUCGAUAAUCCUCGAGCUGCAGACCACUGCAAGAAAGACGAUGAGAUUUGUUACAUCUUAGAAGGUAAAAACUCGACUUGUUGCAGCAACAAGUGUAUGGAUUUGAGCGAGGAUAAGCACAACUGUGGAGCAUGCAAGAACAAGUGCAAGUUUACGAGCUCCUGUUGUGGAGGGGAGUGUGUGAAUUUGGCUUAUGACAAGCGGCAUUGUGGGUCGUGUGGCAACAAGUGUAUGCCUGGUGGUUAUUGCAUUUACGGGCUUUGCAAUUACGCCUAA